CGAACUCGCACAUAGAUUGCUCGAUCGAAGUACACAUCGGCUUCCCCGAUACCUUGCCCUUGCCGUCUCGGCCCUCCACAAAACCAGAGCAGUGUAGAAAUGCCUGGAAAACGCAAAUCUCGUAAAUCCUCCCUCUUCCCCCAGACAAUCGAGCAAGCAUUUCCUCCGCCGUCUGCGGCCCGCCUCGCGAUGGGGACAGUCAACACCGACCCAGCCAAGCGAACCAUCGCAACCCCAACAUCGUCCCCUAAACGUCAACAACAAGAAAAAUCGCCCAGUCGACCAUCCAUCUUCCCCAUGGACGCCCUCACAACCCUCUCACCUGCCCCCAUCUCGCCCUCCACCAGGGACGAAGACAUCUCCCCCACCAACGGAGCCCCAACAACCCAGGCCCAGCCCCAACCCCCCUCCAACCCACUCCCACCCCCACCCCUCCCCCUCCCCUGGCUCUGGCGCUGCCACGCCUGCCACGCCAUCUACCGCCUGUCCUGCACGCGCCGCUGCCUCUCGUGCGCCCACGUCCUCUGCGACGGCGGCUCGGGCCCAGGUGGCGGCGGCGGCGUCCUCCCGCCGUCCCCCAAGCGCCGUCGCCGCCACAGCAGCGGCGGUGGGCCGUGCCAGUCCGAGUUCGACUAUGCCGGGUGGAAGGCUUGGGGCCGGUGGCGUCGGGGUGGUGCUGGGGAGGAGACUGAUGAUGAUACCGUCACCGACGACAACGAGGGGUUUGCGGAGGAGAAGAAGGAGAAGAAGUUGGGCGAGCGGGAGAGGAAGAGGGAGAUGUUUGCUCGUGGGGAGCAUGAUUGCUCUGUCCACUGCGACUUUCCGAGCGAGUGCCAUAACGCCGCGUAUGUGGUGGCCAAGCAGAGGGCUGAGCAGAUGAUGGCUGCGGAGCGGGAGAUGGAGGUGCAGCGGCAGAUGGAGCGGGAGCGGCAGAUGCGGCUGGCGCCGAUCCCCGAAGAGGAAGAAGGGGAUGCAGAUGAGGACAACAAGGACGGGGGCGGGGGCGGGGCCGGGCAGGUCAACUUCGACGACUUCGUCUAUGCGCCGCCCACCAGCCCGGACCACGACGUCGAUGACGGUGAGACCGCGGGCGAGGAUGGCGGGCCGGAGCUGGUCAGCGACUUCCAGGACGUCUACGAGCUCUACGCCGCCGACAUCGAGGACGACUCCGCCUCGGGUCCCGCCCCGGCCGCCGGUGACGACGCGGCUGAGGAGCAGGACCUCGCCGAUCUGCUGAGGUUGAGGGGUGCAUUCAUGAGAGGGGAGUUGUGACGGGAUGGAGAUUUCUUAUCAUCCCGAGGACAGGAUGCCGGUCGUCCAAGUGGCUGCGUAUCCUUUGCUUUUUUCCACGCGCGUUAUUAGAUCCAACACACCAGUCCCCUAGACUGAGGGAUUUUUUUCUGAACCCUGACGACUGUCCGUCCAUCCGUCGCAUCAGUGACAAGUAGUCUGCAGCUGAGUGAAUCAUGGGUGACAUGCGCCACCUGAUACGAGAACGCCUCCCCAAAUCAGAUGUGUUUUCAUCUACCUAAAACCAUCAGCCAUGGCCUAUCG